GAAUAGGAGGACGGUGCUUGUGUUUGAUUAGAAACAAUGAGUAGCGGCAGGAGAUCUGAAUCCAUGGAUCACCGCUGGGUUGUUUUUCAUCUCUGUCUUCUGCUGAUUGUCGGAGAGGAGGCUGGGGCUGAACUGAGGUACUCCAUUCCAGAGGAGGUGAAAGACGGAACUGUAGUGGGGAACAUCGCAAAGGAUCUGGGUCUGGACAAGGGAUCUUUGAUAGAUCGUCGUUUCCGUGUUGUGUCUGGAUCCAAGGAGGAUUUUUUCGAGGUGAACGCGGAUAGUGGCGCGUUGCAGGUUCGUAAAAAAAUCGACAGAGAGGAGCUUUGUCACGGCAGUGGCGCGUGUCUGAUGGAGCUGAAGAUCCUUGUGGAGAACCCUUUAGAAAUGCAUCAUGUUGUUAUAGAAAUCACCGAUGUAAACGAUCACUCCCCGAAUUUCUCUGAAAACGAACAAAUGUUUGAAAUAGGAGAGCAGUCGUCUGUGGGAACCCGGUUUCAGGUGCACGCAGCCCGUGAUCCUGAUGCGGGAGCGAACGCCAUCCGCACGUACACGUUAACUGCAAACGAGCAUUUUGACAUAGAGGUAAGCCAAAUUGAUGAGGACAAAAUACCAUUUUUAGUGUUGAAGAAGUCUUUAGAUAGAGAGGAAAAUAAUAAGCAUUUGUUAUUUUUAACAGCAGUAGACGGAGGUAAACCGCCUAAAUCUGGAAUAUUAAAUGUUUCUGUUAUUGUUCUUGAUAACAAUGAUAAUCGCCCAAAGUUCAUUAAAGAGAUUUACCAAAUUGAAAUACAAGAAAACGCUUCUAUUGGUUCAACUGUUACUAAAUUAAGCGCUUUAGAUCCAGAUGAAGGGACUAACGGGGACAUAGAGUACAGUCUCAGCAAAACAUUGCCACGUAAAGUUUAUAACAUAUUUAAUUUGGAUAGAGUGAGUGGAGAAAUUACACUGAAAGAACAGCUGGAUUAUGAGGAUUCUGAUAUUUACAAACUAGACGUCCAGGCGUCUGACAAAGGACAACCUCCACUGAUAGGCAGGUGUAGACUUGUUUUAAAGAUAAAAGAUGUUAACGAUAACGCCCCAGAUAUAGAAGUUACAUCUUUAUCAAAGACUGUCUCUGAAGAUUCAAAACCCGGCACAGUCAUCUCACUGAUCAGCGUCAGGGAUAAAGACUCAGGGGUAAAUGGGAAAGUGGUGUUACAAAUAAGUAAUGAUGUGCCUUUUGAAUUAAAACCUUCAUAUAAAGAAAAUAUAUAUUCGGUUGUUACCAAGAACAUUUUGGACAGAGAAAUCAAUCCAGAAUAUAAAAUAAUCAUAAAAGCCACAGACUGUGGGGAACCUCCACUAUCUGCUUUGAAAUUGCUAAGUAUUGAGAUUACAGAUGUGAAUGACAACAGUCCGUGUUUUCCGCAAAACCCUUUACACGUUUAUCUGGUGGAGAAUAAUGUCCCAGGAGCAUCAGUAUUUUCUGUUAGCGCCACGGACAAAGAUGUGAAUGAAAAUGCAGCAAUUUCAUAUCACUUAGUCAGAGAGAAUGACGUCACAGCAUUACUAAACAUCAAUUCUGAUAAUGGCCAAAUAUUUGCGAUGAAAAGUUUUGACUUUGAGAGUCUGAAAACUUUCCAGUUCCAAGUUGUGAAUGAACACGUUCACUGUGACGUUGCUGCUCAGAGACGGAGCUCCAGAAUCUGUGGCUACAACUUGGAACUGGAAAGUUUUCAGACUCUCAAAGUCAAAACUUUUCAGCGCGGUUAUCUGUCCAGUGUCAGCGUUUAUAUUUAA